GCUGCGCACGCGCGGCUGGCCACCCGCGGAGCGCUUAAAACGCUCCUCAGCCCCCGGGCCCGGUUUGCCAUGUAAAUAAGGCUGCUUAACGGGCGAAGGGGUCGCCUUCCUACGAGGCCUGACUGGCCUUCAAAAUCUGGGUUUGAAGCGGGAGCGCCAUGCCUCUUGAACAGAUAAGGGGGUCCUUCAGGGUGUUUGAAAACUCUCUGCGGGGAAGCCUCCAAAAAGUUGGUUUCGAGCAUUUGCAGGUGGGCUGUGACUGCGCCAGCAAGUAUGUCCAGGGAACAGUUGCUGCUUCCUAUCCAUUAAGUAAAGUGGGAAACGGGACAUCUUUCUUCAAGAUUACACUUCAAGAGUCAGAAAACCCAUGUUCUGAGACCGGUGCUAUCAAUACUUAUAUGUUUGGGAAGUUAGCAGAAGAUUGUGCCAGCGUAGUACAUCAAGGGGACUUGAUGGUGGUAGCUGGAUUCAGCAUGGCUAAGUCCACCAGUGAAGCUGAUGGGCAUUGCUGUCGGCUAGAAGUCUCUGACGAAGCUGGGUCAACUAUUUAUAUAAAAAUGAAGAGGAAAAUUAAAACCAGAGAAAGCACCCACCAAGUCUGUACUAGGUCAUCCAGUACAACUACUGGUUCAGAAACUGUAGCCAUGCCUGUUGCCCCCAGCUACACAUACACCCCUCUGAAUCUUGUUAAAGGCGGGACUGUUGUCAACCUCUAUGGUGCUGUGAAAUUCUUCAAGCCUCCAUAUAAAUGCAAAGGAACUGAUUAUUGCUCAGUGAUAACCAUUGUGGACCAAUCGGAUGCCAAGCUGAUAUGUUCACUUUUUAACGUGAACAGAGAUGCCCUUCCACAGAUCUACAAAAAUGGUGACAUUGUUCGAUUUCACAGAAUAAAGAUCAAAGAGUUCAGCGGGCAGUUGCAAGGGAUUAGCAGCAGUGGAUUUGCAGCACUUACCUUUGAUGGCACUGUAGGAACACCAGUGGUUCCUCGAACAUCCAGCAAAUUGUACACAUUUACAGAUGAAGACAGAAAAACAAUAGAAGACUUGCGCAUUUGGGUGGCAUCUAAUCUUUUAAACUCUGCGGUCGCAGCAAAAUUGUCUGGCAUCCAGCCGCCUAUGUAUUUUGAUCUCACUUGCCAGCUUGUAGGAAAAGCAAAAGUAGAUGGAUCUUCCUACCUUCUCAAGGUAUGGGAUGGCACAAAAUGUCCCUUUCCUUAUUGGAAGGUGCUUGUUAAAGAAGAUGACCUUGAAGGUGACAGCGUUCUCAUUCAUCGACUAAGAAACCUGACCGUUGAUGUUGUUGUUUACGAUAAUCAUGUCCAGUUGGCAAAAUCACUGAAGGUUGGAAGCUUUAUUAGAUUGUACAGUUUGCAUGCAAAAUUCCAAAGUCCGGAAGGUGAGCCUGAUGUUUCAUAUCUACAAUUUAAUCUUCAUGGUGGUACCACGUACGGCCGUGGGAUUACAAACCUGCCGGAAGGCCACGCCGAUGUUGAGGAUCUAAAGAAAUUCCUGAACUCUGUAGACUUGAUGGAAGAUGAGUCUUCAGAAAGUCCUUCGGAACCUGACAAUGCUUACUUUACAUUAGGAUCUUGUUUAGAAGGAUGCCAGCAGUUAUCCGUUACAGUGCUGAGAGAUCACCAGCAUUUUGAAGUGACUGCACUGAGUACUAUUUUGAACAGCAGGAGUCCUCAGCCAUAUCGCAUCCGAGCUAAGCUGAGACAAUUUGAACCUGAAAAGCUUCACCAGUCUGUUAAACUUCAUUGUCCCCAGUGCAAUUUGUUGCAAGAGGUUCCGGAUGGGAAUGAGCUUGAACUAAUUAUACAAGAGGCUUCAGCUACGUGUCCAAUGCCCGAUUUACAAAAUACAUCUUUCUGCGAAUCUGUUGUGUGGGAUACUGAAAACCAGGGACAGCGACGUGUGGUUAUUCACUUUGUAAAGCAUGAUGAACUACUGCAAGACCCAGAAGACAGUUUGAUUAUGAUAGAAGGAGGCACACUGAAGGAAAUCUUGAAGCUCUCGAAAAAAUUUAAAGGAAUUAUACCCGUAAGAGCCACAGAAGACAAUCUUGUGUUGCUGGAUCUUUCAGCUCCAUUUCUUUGGCAAGGGAAUAUACAACACUAUGGGUGCAAACACUGUUCAAAUCCAAAGGCAAUAGCAAGCCUGAGUCCCUUUGCUGCAGAGAAAGAUCCAUCGUGGGAGCCCUCUACCAUAGCACAAGCUUUAGGACUUGUGCCCCUUGAAUAUGUCUUCGUGAUGAAGUUUGUGCUGGAUGAUGGGACCGGAACCCUGGAUGUGUAUCUCAUGGAUUGUAAAGAUUUCUUCCAAAUUCCAGCUUCUGAAGUUCUGAUCAAUAAUAUUUUUCAAGAGAACAUAGAAAGGAUCAUGAACAAACUUUGCCCUUCAGGCACAAAUCUAGACGACUUGCCGUGGCUGGACUGUUUUAUCAAAUCCUACUAUGUCACGGAUGGAAUAGAGCAGCAACUUUGCUAUCGGGUUUUUGACACGACGAUUGCUGAAGAUGUCUGAUAUCCAACUACUUGGAAUAUUUAAGGGUUUGUAAUGUUUGUUGAUUUCAUUGGAAUAUAUAAACGAUCCAGGGGGUGCUGUAAGGUGUUUGCUUUUUAUUAAAUGUGUGAAGAAGUCCUUUGUUCUGAAUCAACAUAUAACUUAAAAUGGAUUUUUUUAUAUACUGUUGUUCGUCAUGGAAAAUUGCCAUAUGUUCUUUGCAUUUCUCCAGGUAAUACACAAGAGUCGUAACUCACAAUUCCCGCCCCCUCAAAAAAAGCUUAUUAGUUUGUUAUCCUCUAGUCUAGCAUGACUUUCAGAGUCAAACAAAAGUCCUUAAAGAAACUCUUGACUUUGUCCUACAAGCCACAGUGUGGGGCCGUUCUCUAAAAUGGUGCACGCUGUCUUUGAUUAGAAAAUACUGUUGCAGUGCAAAGUCCAUGUGCAAAAAGCUUCGGGUUAUGCCACAAUACAGAUAGGAUUUUAUUAGCUUCUUAUCGCUGUUGAAGCAUACAAAACGAUGCCAUCGCUUUCAGACAGAGAAGAAAAUAUCAAGAGUAUCAGGCACAUGCAUGCAUACAGUACAGUAAUAGUAUUUGAACCUGAACUAUUCUGUACAUACAAAAUGAGUGCAAAAUACCUAUCAGCUAAGUGCUGUUUGCGAUAACACGUUCAAUUGUGUUUGCCUCUCAGAUCAUGUUGCAUGUGACCCAGGCAGCUAAAUUUGGUGUUGGCUACACACUCCAGCUGAUCUUCUUUUCUCCUUUGCAUAAUCUGAUUUGGGAACCAGUUUUAGACCCGUGGAGUUUCAGGCCAGUAAGUCACUGUACUAAUUGGCUCUUAGAGUGAAACAAAUUGCUCCGGGUUUGUUGAUCUGCAGUCCGGUGUACAUAUGCUCAUGCAAGACUUUAACACAAAAAGUUUUCAUCCAGUGGGCAAGAAUUGUAUCUUAUUAAAAUGUAUUGCAUGCUGGCAGCUACAACACUGCAUUCCAAGCCAUGUAAAAUAUUUAAUAUAGUCUUCAUGGUAAAUUUGUCUUGAUGCAUAUCAUGUGGCUUUUUUAUUAUUAUUUAGGUAAUUAAGAAUGGAUUGUUAUUGCAGUUGUUUGUGGACUUUUUCUAUAAUGGACAUGAUUUCUGAUCCCCCAAAGCUCUUAACUGCAAAUCUACUGAAUAUAAGGGCUUUGAGCUUAGUUCUUUGCCUAGGAAUGUAUGACUGGCAAUAUUUCUCAAGGCAUCUGCUACUCAGCACUGCAAAAGCAACGAGAAACGGGAAAAAUUAAUCAGUGGGAAUUAAUGUUUGCAGGGGAGGGGUCUUAAAAUCUCGUCCUGUUGCAAGGAUUAGUCAAGGGCCACAAUCCCAAACUCCAUGCAAGCAGACUGUCCUAUUUAUUAUAGACUACCUAUGCACCUGAAUAAACCUAACAUUGCUGAAAGUUGAAGAAAAUGGGACAGACCCUGUCUGCAUAGAGCACCCAAUGUAUGUCAGAGCUGCUGUGUGCACAGUGGAAUCAGUGGAGUAAAAAUUAAUUGUGCACAAUUUAUAUCUGUGGAAUCAGGUCCAAAAAGCUCAUUUCCAAAUAUUUAUUCCUUUGUACUUGCACUUAAUAGCUUAAGUGGGUUUAAGCACAGCAACCGCAGCUUGUCCUUCUGUUGCAAACGUUUUGUGUACGUGCAACAUUAUAUCCUCUUGUGUUUUAUUAUAUGGGUUAUUUAAAAGCAUUAUUUGGCAUACUGAGCUCAAUUCAGUGCAUUUUGUGUUGACUUUGUCAAACCUUUUCAGAUUUAUGUUUGUGUAAUAUAAGACUUGGAUAUGUCAGGAUGCUCAAUAUUGUAAAUACGCACAUGUUUAAUAAACACUUUUCUUUUUUUCCAAAAUAAAAAUAAAUUCUUAAUGCCUUUUUUUAAUGUUCACCUUGCAUUUGUAAUCUAGUUGGCAAAUGAAAAUGGUCUCCAAAAGGGAAAGUUUAUGUAAAUGGAAGAAAGUUGGUUCUUUUUCCUCCAGGCUAUUGAUGUAGAAAUGUGUAGACAGGUGGGCUAGUAAUAUUUCAUAUUCCUAUAUGCCAGAUAGAGGGGCUAUUUGAGAACUAACUUUGUUCAUCAAUCCUUCUGUCACUCUGCAAAUGCCUGUUUUUCCUUCUGAAUGCAUGCACUGGGAAGUGAAAGCCCAGAUCACUGCAUGUGCCCAGACUGAAAUAGGCACUCAAAUCCCUGUCCACCCACUACAAUCAUGCUGUUAUCAACACACAUAUUAAUAACGGGGGGAAGCAGGGCAUAAAACAGCUCCAUACAUGAAGAAAACUGGCUUAUGGGUUAUAUUCUGACAUACUGAUUUCUCAAGUG